UGAAAGUAUUUCAAAAUUCUACAAGGUAUUCAUUUCAAAAACUCGGAGCGUAACAGAAAUUUUUCCACAACUCUAACACUCAAGACAAAUACGAACACUUCCGCCUUAGAAGACAAUAGUAAACGGACAUCAUGGACAAUCUAGACUCCACUAUUGACACCAUGGAGAACAGCCGUUUUGGAGCCAUUUACGGCGGACUGAUCAAGGAUCUUGCCGCCUCUGUGAAUAUGACCCCGAUGGAGGUCAACUGCUUGCUCAUGAUUUAUUACAAGUUUGCGAAGGUCAACGGGCCCGGGGCCAAGCAGAUGGUCAAAAAGCAGUUCUACCAGCUCUACUUGGUGCUCUUCAACGUGGCCAAUGUCCAAAUCAUAGAACGCACUCUGUUGGCCAUUACCAAGGACAAUAAGUAUGUGAGUCCUCAGGCCUGGAUUUCGCUUUUCAAUCUCUACAUUACCAAGGAUAUUAAUGUGCGCAUGCGCUUUGCCUUCGAGGUCUACGAUACCAAGGGCACCGGCGUCAUUGAUAGGGAACAAGUUGGUAUAGCCUGUGAUAAGUUCUUUUAUGGCGAAGACGAGGACGAACUCAACGAACUCAAAGCGGACAUGACCGAGUUCAUAAUGAAGAAGUUCGAUACCGACAAAGAUGGUGUCAUCUCCUAUGAGGAUUAUUCUGGGGUGGUAUCCCAGCAACCCAUUCUAGUUGAAUUCCUAGGAUGGCUUUUCCCAUCUAGAGACGAUAAGGACCUUAUGGCCCACUGCAUCAACUUCGAUACCAUACUUAAUGUUGUGGACAAUAGUUAGAUUGUCCAGAUAUGUUAUACAGAUUGUCUUAUUGUAGGUAAAAAGUAUAAGAGAAUAUAUGUGAGCAUUGGCUUAAAGGUUAAA